UUCAACAUAUUUGAUUUCCAAAAAUCUAGCUGGGACAAUGUUUUUUCAUUUUAUUCUUCUGGUUUCCUACUCACUUACUUUUCUGUGCACCCACCAAGUGUCCAGCUUUGAUCCUAGCUGCACAGAUUAUCCUGUGUUCACUCCAUCUGCACUGGUAGUGAAGUACGGUGACCCAGCCAAUGUUACAUGUGUUGUAUGUCAGAAGGACUGCAGUGGAGAUGUUUUUGGUUUGGAGCACGCUGAGGGAAAAGUUACACAAAACGGAACCACGAUGUUCUGGACGGUCGACAGACUGACUGAAUGGGACACAUCACUCCUGUGCUAUUAUACCACUGAUGCUGGUGAUCAGUGUUCUAGCAUUCUGGAUAUAACCAUCUAUCAGCCUCCAGAAAGUGUCUCCAUCAGCUUUGUAAACCACACUGGGAUGAUGUUUGAGAAUCAGCAGUACACCCUGCAGUGUAGCGUACAGAACGUAGCUCCUGUUCAAAGCCUCACUGUGACCUUCUACAGAGGAAACACAGCACUGGGUCACCUACAGUCUAACAGUGAAGAGAAGAAACCAGUGAAUGAAUCCUUCACUCUGAACAUCACUCCCAGUAGAGAAGAUGAUGGAGCCCAGUACUGGUGCGAAACCAAGCUGGAGCUGGGACCAGCUGGAAAACAGGGCCCUCCAGUGGUGACAUCAGAAAAACUCCCUGCUAUAGUUCACUGGUGUUUUACAGAUCCUAGCUGCACAGAGUAUCCUGUGUUCACUCCAUCUGCACUGGUAGUGAAGUACGGUGACCCAGCCAACGCUACAUGUGUUGUAUGUCAGAAGGACUGCGGUGGAGAUGUUUUUGGUUUGGAGCACGCUGUGGGAAAAGUUACACAAAAUGGAACCACGAUGUUCUGGACGGUUGACAGACUGACUGAAUGGGACACAUUUGCCAUGUGUUACUAUAACACUGAUGCUGGUGAUCAGUGUACUCACAUUCUGGAUAUAACCAUCUAUCAGCCUCCAGAAAGUGUCUCCAUCAGCUUUGUAAACCACACUGGGAUGAUGUUUGAGAAUCAGCAGUACACCCUGCAGUGUAGCGUACAGAACGUAGCUCCUGUUCAAAACCUCACUGUGACCUUCUACAGAGGAAACACAGCACUGGGUCACCUACAGUCUAACAGUGAAGAGAAGAAACCAGUGAAUGAAACCUUCACUCUGAACAUCACUCCCAGUAGAGAAGAUGAUGGAGCCCAGUACUGGUGCGAAACCAAGCUGGAGCUGGGACCAGCUGGACCACAGCGCCCUCCAGUGGUGACAUCAGAAAAACUCCCUGCUAUAGUUCACUAUCCUAGCUGCACAGAUUAUCCUGUGUUCACUCCAUCUGCACUGGUAGUGAAGUACGGUGACCCAGCCAAUGUUACAUGUGUUGUAUGUCAGAAGGACUGCAGUGGAGAUGUUUUUGGUUUGGAGCACGCUGAGGGAAAAGUUACACAAAACGGAACCACGAUGUUCUGGACGGUCGACAGACUGACUGAAUGGGACACAUCACUCCUGUGCUAUUAUACCACUGAUGCUGGUGAUCAGUGUUCUAGCAUUCUGGAUAUAACCAUCUAUCAGCCUCCAGAAAGUGUCUCCAUCAGCUUUGUAAACCACACUGGGAUGAUGUUUGAGAAUCAGCAGUACACCCUGCAGUGUAGCGUACAGAACGUAGCUCCUGUUCAAAGCCUCACUGUGACCUUCUACAGAGGAAACACAGCACUGGGUCACCUACAGUCUAACAGUGAAGAGAAGAAACCAGUGAAUGAAUCCUUCACUCUGAACAUCACUCCCAGUAGAGAAGAUGAUGGAGCCCAGUACUGGUGCGAAACCAAGCUGGAGCUGGGACCAGCUGGAAAACAGGGCCCUCCAGUGGUGACAUCAGAAAAACUCCCUGCUAUAGUUCACUGGUGUUUUACAGAUCCUAGCUGCACAGAGUAUCCUGUGUUCACUCCAUCUGCACUGGUAGUGAAGUACGGUGACCCAGCCAACGCUACAUGUGUUGUAUGUCAGAAGGACUGCGGUGGAGAUGUUUUUGGUUUGGAGCACGCUGUGGGAAAAGUUACACAAAAUGGAACCACGAUGUUCUGGACGGUUGACAGACUGACUGAAUGGGACACAUUUGCCAUGUGUUACUAUAACACUGAUGCUGGUGAUCAGUGUACUCACAUUCUGGAUAUAACCAUCUAUCAGCCUCCAGAAAGUGUCUCCAUCAGCUUUGUAAACCACACUGGGAUGAUGUUUGAGAAUCAGCAGUACACCCUGCAGUGUAGCGUACAGAACGUAGCUCCUGUUCAAAACCUCACUGUGACCUUCUACAGAGGAAACACAGCACUGGGUCACCUACAGUCUAACAGUGAAGAGAAGAAACCAGUGAAUGAAACCUUCACUCUGAACAUCACUCCCAGUAGAGAAGAUGAUGGAGCCCAGUACUGGUGCGAAACCAAGCUGGAGCUGGGACCAGCUGGACCACAGCGCCCUCCAGUGGUGACAUCAGAAAAACUCCCUGCUAUAGUUCACUAUCCUAGCUGCACAGAUUAUCCUGUGUUCACUCCAUCUGCACUGGUAGUGAAGUACGGUGACCCAGCCAAUGUUACAUGUGUUGUAUGUCAGAAGGACUGCAGUGGAGAUGUUUUUGGUUUGGAGUACGCUGAGGGAAAAGUUACACAAAACGGAACCACGAUGUUCUGGACGGUCGACAGACUGACUGAAUGGGACACAUCACUCCUGUGCUAUUAUACCACUGAUGCUGGUGAUCAGUGUUCUAGCAUUCUGGAUAUAACCAUCUAUCAGCCUCCAGAAAGUGUCUCCAUCAGCUUUGUAAACCACACUGGGAUGAUGUUUGAGAAUCAGCAGUACACCCUGCAGUGUAGCGUACAGAACGUAGCUCCUGUUCAAAGCCUCACUGUGACCUUCUACAGAGGAAACACAGCACUGGGUCACCUACAGUCUAACAGUGAACAUAAGAAACCAGUGAAUGAAUCCUUCACUCUGAACAUCACUCCCAGUAGAGAAGAUGAUGGAGCCCAGUACUGGUGCGAAACCAAGCUGGAGCUGGGACCAGCUGGAAAACAGGGCCCUCCAGUGGUGACAUCAGAAAAACUCCCUGCUAUAGUUCACUGGUGUUUUACAGAUCCUAGCUGCACAGAGUAUCCUGUGUUCACUCCAUCUGCACUGGUAGUGAAGUACGGUGACCCAGCCAACGCUACAUGUGUUGUAUGUCAGAAGGACUGCGGUGGAGAUGUUUUUGGUUUGGAGCACGCUGUGGGAAAAGUUACACAAAAUGGAACCACGAUGUUCUGGACGGUUGACAGACUGACUGAAUGGGACACAUUUGCCAUGUGUUACUAUAACACUGAUGCUGGUGAUCAGUGUACUCACAUUCUGGAUAUAACCAUCUAUCAGCCUCCAGAAAGUGUCUCCAUCAGCUUUGUAAACCACACUGGGAUGAUGUUUGAGAAUCAGCAGUACACCCUGCAGUGUAGCGUACAGAACGUAGCUCCUGUUCAAAACCUCACUGUGACCUUCUACAGAGGAAACACAGCACUGGGUCACCUACAGUCUAACAGUGAAGAGAAGAAACCAGUGAAUGAAACCUUCACUCUGAACAUCACUCCCAGUAGAGAAGAUGAUGGAGCCCAGUACUGGUGCCAAACCAAGCUGGAGCUGGGACCAGCUGGACCACAGCGCCCUCCAGUGGUGACAUCAGAAAAACUCCCUGCUAUAGUUCACUAUCCUAGCUGCACAGAGUAUCCUGUGUUCACUCCAUCUGCACUGGUAGUGAAGUACGGUGACCCAGCCAAUGUUACAUGUGUUGUAUGUCAGAAGGACUGCAGUGGAGAUGUUUUUGGUUUGGAGUACGCUGAGGGAAAAGUUACACAAAAUGGAACCACGAUGUUCUGGACGGUCGACAGACUGACUGAAUGGGACACAUCACUCCUGUGCUAUUAUACCACUGAUGCUGGUGAUCAGUGUUCUAGCAUUCUGGAUAUAACCAUCUAUCAGCCUCCAGAAAGUGUCUCCAUCAGCUUUGUAAACCACACUGGGAUGAUGUUUGAGAAUCAGCAGUACACCCUGCAGUGUAGCGUACAGAACGUAGCUCCUGUUCAAAGCCUCACUGUGACCUUCUACAGAGGAAACACAGCACUGGGUCACCUACAGUCCAACAGUGAACAGAAGAAACCAGUGAAUGAAACCUUCACUCUGAACAUCACUCCCAGUAGAGAAGAUGAUGGAGCCCAGUACUGGUGCGAAACCAAGCUGGAGCUGGGACCAGCUGGAAAACAGGGCCCUCCAGUGGUGACAUCAGAAAAACUCCCUGCUAUAGUUCACUAUGAGCCUGAGCUAAAGGAGCCACCAAAUCCAGAUGUGAUCACAAUUACAGAAGGAGACACUCUACACCUGAACUGCUCCUCUGUGGGAAACCCCAGCCCCUCAUACACCUGGACACUCCCAACAAAUAGUCCUUCCUACAGUGGCAGCGUUCUCACUAUUAAAUCUGUCGGCUUUGAGGAUGAAGGACAGUAUAUCUGCACUGUGAGCAACACAGUAGGGACUGUCACCAAGGAGUUUAACGUUGAUGUACAAGUUCUACAGUCAACUCCAUCCCAUAUAUAAUAGCUGGGAUGAUACUGGGAGCUCUGGUCCUUGUCGCACUGUAUGUGGGAUGCUACUGCAAACACAACUGAAUGAAACUCAAUCAAAUUAUUGUUACUGACAGCUGAAGAAAUGACUGGUUAAAAUACUUUUUAAUAAAUGGUUAACAUGUAUUUUUGAUUCUGAUUCUGAUGAGCAGCUUGUAACUGUCUAUCUUCUGUAAGUAAACUUGUUGUGUUACUAUCAUGAGUCCUUUGACCCAGCGUUUUGAGUUUUAGUUUAUGUUCAUGUUUAUGGUUUAUGUUUAAGCCCUUUAGGUUUUCUAAGUUCAUUUUUUAUCAUGCUUAGGUUGUUAUAGUUCUUUGUUAUUAGAUUCCCCUUGUAAAUUCCAACCCCUGUUAAGUCUCCCUUGCCCUUCAUGUGUUUCAUGUCUGUGUCUUACAUUGUCAAGUUCAGGUUGUCAUGUCUGCGUCUUAUGUUUCCUGUCUUAUUUUGAAGAGGCCUUGUGUUUCUAUGGUCAAUGUGUUUAGUUUUACUCUUCCUCUGUGAUGUCGUUAUGGUCAUGUGUGUCAGCUGUUUCUCCAUGUGUUCCCACUUCCCUCAUUGUCCUCCUGUGUGUAUUUAGUCUGUGUGCUUUCAGUCUUUCCUUGUCGGAUCGUCUGCCUUGUUCCCAUGCCGUGUUCUGCGUUCAGGUUUUUCAUAUAUCCUCAUCACAUUGCCAUGUUUAGAGUUUGUUUGUUUUUUCUAUUUGCCAGGGUUUUUCAUGGUUCAUGUUUCCUUUCUAGUUUACCCAGUUUAGGUUAUUGCUUAGUUUGCAUUGUUUUCACCCUUUUAUUUUGUACUGUUCUGUCUGCUUUAAUAAAUGGUUAAGUUUGA